CCUCCCCGCCGCCGCGCUCGCAAGUUUGGCGCCUCGUGCCCGCGUCUCCUCGUGGCUGCUGCGCGCUCGGCUCGGCUCGGCUCGGCGGGGACCCCCGGGAGCGAUGCCGCCGGAUGCAGUUUUAGUUGUGUGGUUCUGCGUGUGCACCGCCAGGACAGUGGUGGGCUUGGGAAUGGACCCUGAUCUGCAGAUGGACAUCGUGACAGAACUUGACCUGGUGAACACCACACUUGGAGUCACUCAGGUGUCUGGAAUGCACAAUGGCAGCAAAGCGUUUUUAUUUCAAGAUGUGAGGAGAGAGAUCCACGCAGACCCUCACGUGAGUGAGAAAUUAAUUCAGCUGUUCCGAAAUAAGAGUGAAUUUACCUUCCUGGCCACGGUCCAGCAGAAGCCGUCGACUUCCGGAGUGCUGCUCUCCAUCCGGGAACUGGAGCACAGCUACUUUGAACUGGAGAGCAGCGGCCUGAGGGAUGAGAUCCGCUACCACUACAUGCAUGGCGGGAAGCCCAGGAUGGAGGUUCUCCCGUUCCGGAUGGCAGAUGGACAGUGGCACAGGGUCGCCCUGUCCGUGAGCGCCUCUCACGUCCUGCUUCAUGUUGACUGCAACAGGAUUUAUGAACGAGUCAUAGACCCUCCUGAGACCAACCUUCCGCCAGGAAGCAGUGUAUGGCUUGGUCAGCGCAACCAGAAACACGGGCUGUUCAAAGGGAUCAUCCAAGAUGAGAAGCUCAUCUUUAUGCCCAAUGGCUACAUCACGCAGUGUCCCAACCUGAAUCGCACUUGCCCGACGUGCAGUGACUUCUUAAGCUUGGUCCAAGGAAUCAUGGAUCUACAGGAACUUCUGGCCAAGAUGACGGCGAAGCUGAAUUACGCUGAGACGAGGCUUAACCAGUUGGAAAACUGCCACUGUGAGAAGACCUGUCAAGUGAGCGGACUGCUCUACAGAGACCAAGACACGUGGGUGGACGGCGACCACUGCAGGAACUGCACAUGCAAAAGCGGUACUGUGGAAUGUCAAAGGAUGUCCUGCCCCCUGCUCCGCUGCUCCCCGGACUCCCUCCCAGUGCACAUUUCUGGCCAGUGCUGCAAAGUCUGCCGACCAAAAUGCAUUUAUGGAGGCAGAGUCCUUGCAGAAGGCCAGCGGAUCUUAACCAAGAGCUGUCGGGAAUGCCGGGAUGGCGUUCUGGUAAAGCUUACAGAAGCCUGCUCUCCUUUGAACUGCUCAGAGAAGGACCACAUUCUUCCUGAGAACCAGUGCUGCAGUGUCUGUAGAGGUCAUAACUUCUGUGCAGAAGGACCCAAAUGUGGUGAGAACUCGGAGUGUAAAAACUGGAAUACGAAGGCCACCUGUGAGUGCAAGAACGGAUAUAUCUCUGUCCAGGGAGACUCUGCCUACUGUGAAGAUAUCGAUGAGUGUGCCGCUAAGAUGCAUUACUGUCAUGCCAACACUGUGUGCGUCAACCUGCCUGGCCUGUACCGCUGUGACUGUGUCCCUGGAUACAUACGCGUGGAUGACUUCUCCUGCACAGAACAUGAUGAGUGUGGUGCUGGGCAGCACAACUGUGACCAGAACGCCAUCUGCACCAACACCGUCCUGGGCCACAGCUGCACCUGCGAUCCUGGCUACGUGGGGAAUGGGACCAUCUGCACAGCGUUCUGUGAAGAGGGCUGCAGACAUGGUGGAACAUGUGUGGCUCCUAACCAGUGCGUCUGUCCAGCUGGAUUCACCGGAAGUCACUGUGAGAAAGACAUUGAUGAAUGUGCCUUGAGAACUCACACCUGCGGGAGUGACUCUGCCUGCGUCAACCUCGCGGGGGGCUUUGACUGCCUCUGCGCCUCUGGGUCCUCGUGCUCCGGUGACUGCCCCCACGAGGGCGGACUGAGGCGCAACGGACAGGUGUGGACUCUGAACGAUGACAGGUGUUCCCUCUGCUCCUGCAAGGACGGGAAGAUAUUCUGCCGACGGACAGCUUGUGACUGUCAGAACCCCAGUGUUGACCUUUUCUGUUGCCCAGAGUGUGACACCAGGGUCACCAGUCAAUGUCUUGAUCAAGACGGACACAAGUUCUAUCGAAGUGGGGACAGUUGGACUCAAAACUGUCAGCAGUGCCGGUGUCUGGAAGGUGAGGUAGACUGCUGGCCGCUCACUUGCCCUGACUUGAGCUGUGAAUAUACAGCCAUGUCAGAAGGGGAGUGCUGUCCUCGCUGUGUCAGUGACCCCUGCUUGGCGGACAGUCUCGCCUAUGACAUCAGGAAGACUUGCCUGGACAGCUAUGGCAUUUCAAGGCUUAGUGGCUCAGUGUGGACAAUGGCUGGCUCUGCGUGCACAACGUGCAAAUGCAAGAAUGGGAGCGUGUGCUGUUCUGUGGAUUUAGAAUGUCUCCAGAAUAACUGAGGCGUUUGAAAUGGACUUAGCCGCUGCGGGGGAAGAAAAAGGAGAAGCUGCCCACCCGGCGUGAUGAAGAGCAAUGGGAGUUGGUGUUUUCUACUGGUCUCCCCAGCUGAGGGAGGUUUUUGGGGGUGGCCUUCCGUCCCACGGCUGUGCUCAUCCUCACUGACCCUGUGGAGGCCACCUACCUGCAGUGCAUUCAAGUCUACGGCUGUUAAAAGAAGUUCCCCAUGUUGUCAAUCAUGUGUUUCCCUCCUCAGAUCAUUUGAAAACACAUCUAAAUGACCUCAUGGUUAAUGUGGAUGUAUUUUCCCAUUUAUUUUGUGUACUAAUCUAAUGGAGACUUGGCUCCUUUGAGUUACUUAUUUUUCUCUUGAUUUUGGAAUCAGAUUCUGCAAAUAAAGUUGCCUGUCAGUGA